AUGCAAGUGCAAACGAAGAUCUACACGUUCCUGGAAGGAUUCUGCCAGGAAAUCUCGACCAACCAAAGAUAUUCUGCGCCGAAUGAGGAUGACCCCCAAUCCGAUGAUGGCCUCGGAAGCGUAGUGCCGGAGUAUGAUGCGGAUCUGGACGAACUCGGAGACAAGAACAAAUUCGAAAAUUUCUUAGAAACGCAUUACGACCUCGUCCCUUAUUCCAAGCCGUAUACUAUCGACUGGGAGUAUCUGGAGGCACUCGCCGACCGGCAGCUGCGCCGGGCCGAGAAGAGGCUUAAGGACAUGAAGGAAAGCCCGCUUGCCUUCAUGAAAGAGCUGGAUCUAGCACGGAAUCAUUCAAUCGACAUGUUACGGGCGAUGCCGGGGGACAGGCGGAUGGCAUGGUCGAGGAUGAAUGACCUGACCCUCGCAGGCUGGGGCCAACACCUGGGGACCGCCCUCAAAGACAUCAUGGAUGCGUGCGACAUGUGGCGUCGUGUCUAUACGCUAAUUGUGAAGAAUGUGCAGGCGGCCAAGUCGUACGAUGGUCAUCAGUCUGAGCUCAUGGAACAGAGUGACUCGUACAGGGAUAAUUACUACCAUCUGGUCCUCAUGGCACAGCUCUACGAAGACCGACAUAAAUGGCUCAUUCAAAUCAUGAAAAACUCUUACGGGCUGAGGGACAUGUUCGCGAUGGACAUGACAACUAAGAAGUCCAGGUACUUUAGGCAACCAAAAUUCCUCCCCGUGCUCAAUUUAGUCGCUAUCAUAGACGCAUUGGAAAACGAUGAUAGCAGAAACGCCCUGGGGUUCUGGACGAUUGUGGCUGAAAUCAACGAGUUGAUGCAAGACGAGAAGACAUUGGGGCUCUAUAUAUCGGACUAUAUCAGGCAGUAUGUGGAAGAUCUCCACGCCAUGGGCUCCAUAGCGAGGGCACUGCAGACAAUCGCGAAGGUCUACCCGAACACUCUACCAACAAACGCGAAGCGAGAGGAUUGGGGCUUCGCCAAGCCCAUCUCGCGCCUGAUCGCGUUGUGCAACGCUGCCGAAAACCGAGCGAUCGCCACGGGGCCUUUGGGAGAUACAGUCUUGGGUCAACUAUGCGAAGACAUUCUCGAGACCCCUCUCGAUAAGUACCUCGCUUACAGCAAAGAAGUCCAGCCCCAGCAGGUUGCCCUGUCGCAGACUAUGAGCCGGUCGGAGGACAGACUGUCAGCGUUCUGGAUCAUGUUGGAAGAGAAACUAAGGUUGGAGAGGGCCGUCUCGAAGGAGGUCCAGGAUGUGCUUGACGAUGCCCACCCGCUAGAGACGUAUUUCCGCACCGGUAACACACCUCCCAGAGGGCCGCGGAGAAGGGCUUCCGACCCGGGGAUCCUCCCCGCCGCGCCCGACGACUACCGGCCCAGCAGGCUGAUCUCCAGCAGGGCGCGGAGGAACGACGCCCUGACGAGGAACGUCGAGGUGGAGGUUCCGCGCCCGCCGGAGCCAGGGGCCGCGGCGCCCGCCCCUGCCCCUGAACAGGACGAGAGGCCGCAGAUCGAGCUCGGCCAGCGCGCGUAUGGGACGCUGCGGCUGUUGAUGGGUCCCGUGACGGCGGCCCAGCCGGCGAGCAUCCCGUGGACCGAUAUCCUGAGGCUGAUGGACGAGAUCGGCUUCAAUCACGAGGUGGCACAUGGCAGCGCGCGGCGCUUUAUUCCGCGCGGGAACUUGAGACAAACCCAGGUAACGUAUGUCCCUUUAGUGCAAGAUGAGUGGAAUUAUUAA